AUGUCUCAAUCGCCUUUUCGCAUCGUGCAGCAUGUGGUGCCUUGCCAGCACAUCCGCGAGUAUCCCGCAGCGACCGCCAACGAGCAAGAAGAGCCCUUGCACUUGGCCGUCAAGCAGUACAUCCCCCUCGACAACCCGGAUCCUCAACCGGGCGAUGUGACGAUUCUGGCUGCGCACGCCAAUGGAUUUCCCAAGGAACUCUACGAACCUCUCUGGGAGGAAAUCCACGCUCGGUCUCGCGCCUGUGGGUUCCGGAUUCGCAGUAUCUGGAUGUCCGAUGUGGCGCACCAGGGCCAGAGCAGUGUGAUCAACGAAGACGCUCUUGGGAAUGACCCCAGCUGGUUCGACCACCCGCGGGAUCUUCUCCAUUUGGUCAAUGUCAAGCGCGUUGAGAUGCCCCGGCCUAUCGUCGGCGUCGGGCAUAGUAUGGGCGGCGCACAUCUGGUCCAGCUGAGCUUAAUGCAUCCGCGGCUGCUGCAUACAUUGGUACUGCUAGACCCGGUGAUCCAGCCUCAUACCACACAACUGGACCCACUGAGUCUCGAAGAGAAGCAACGCAUCAUCGCCAAAACCACGCAGCUCUCCACGCACCGCCGAGACCUCUGGCCGUCCCGCGAAGCAGCCGCCCAAAGCUACCAGCGCAGCCCAUUCUACCGAGCCUGGGACCCGCGCGUGCUGGCCCGCUGGGUGCAGCACGGCCUGCGCGAGCUCCCAACAGCCAUCCACCCACUCGACAAGCAAGCCGCAACCACCACCACCGACCCGACCAACGCACCCGUCACACUGCGGACCCCACUCCACCAGGAAGUGUUCACCUACUCGCGGCCCAACUACCACCACAUCCCGGGCAGCAAGCAGCCCGUCAACCGCGUCACGCACCCAGACCUGGACGGAGACCACCCGGACUGCUACCCGUUCUACCGGCCCGAGCCCGCGCGCAUCUUCGCGCAGCUCCCGUUCCUGCGGCCCAGCGUCUUGUACAUCUUCGCCGGCAAGUCCGAUAUGUGUCUGCCCAAGAUGCGCGCCGCCAAGCUCACCACGACAGGGACAGGGCUUGGCGGCAGUGGUGGUGUGGCGGCCGGUCGUGUGCGCGAGGUGUUCCUUGCGGAUUUCGGUCAUUUGCUUGCCCAGGAGGCUGUCAAUGAGUGCGCCGAUGCCGCGGCUUGUUGGUUUGCGCCGGAGCUGCGGCGCUGGCGGGAAGAGGAAGACAGUUUCCGUGCUGCUUGGAGUCGGAAGACCAAGUUCGAAAAAAUGACUAUUGACGCAGAGUGGUUGAAGAAUGUCCCUGCGCCGCGGAGGCCGGCCAAGAAACCGGAUCAGAAGGAUUCGUCCAAAUUGUAA